GCCGAUUGUAUCUAACUUGAUGCACCGCCCUGGACCACAGCAUCCAGCAUCCAGGGGAGUUCAACAGGCCAGACAGAACUGAGCAGCUGCAGGUUACACAGGGCACCUCAACAGGACAGGGUCUCAAGAUCAGGAAAAAAUACAGGAGCUGUCUCAGCGCCUUUAUUAGGUGCAGUGUUUUUUUAUUGUAGCUGAGGCGGAGUGUGGUUCUUAUCAUGGGGGAACUGUUCAGGAGCGAGGAGAUGACCCUGGCCCAGCUCUUUCUCCAGUCAGAGGCAGCCUACUGCUGCGUCAGCGAGCUGGGAGAACUGGGCAUGGUCCAGUUUAGAGAUCUGAAUCCAGACGUAAACGUGUUCCAGCGCAAGUUUGUGAAUGAAGUAAGGAGAUGUGAGGAGAUGGACAGGAAACUGAGGUUUGUGGAGAAGGAGAUCAAGAAAGCUAACAUCCAAACUGUGGACACUGGAGAAAAUCCAGAGGUGCCUUUUCCCAGGGACAUGAUCGAUCUAGAGGCCACCUUUGAGAAGCUGGAGAAUGAACUGAAAGAAAUCAACACCAACCAGGAAGCCCUGAAAAAGAACUUCCUGGAGCUGACAGAGCUCAAACACAUCCUCCGUCGAACACAGCAGUUCUUUGAUGAGAUGGAGGAUCCCAACCUGCUGGAGGAGUCAUCAGCACUGAUGGAGGGCAGUGAGGGGGGCCGCGGCGCCCCGCUCAGACUGGGGUUUGUGGCUGGAGUGAUCAGCAGGGAGAGGAUUCCAACGUUUGAGAGGAUGCUUUGGAGGGUGUGUCGUGGUAACGUCUUCUUAAGGAAGGCAGAGAUCGAGGACCCUCUGGAGGACCCCACCACGGGAGACCAAGUCCACAAAUCAGUGUUCAUUAUCUUCUUCCAAGGUGACCAGCUGAAGAACAGGGUGAAGAAGAUCUGUGAGGGGUUCCGUGCCUCACUCUAUCCGUGUCCAGAGACCCCACAGGAGAGGAAGGAGAUGCUGGCUGGAGUCAACAGUCGCAUUGACGACCUCCAGAUGGUUCUGAACCAAACAGAGGACCACCGUCAGCGAGUGCUGCAGGCCGCCUCCAAGACCAUGCGGGUGUGGUUCAUCAAGGUGAGGAAGAUGAAGGCCAUCUACCACACCCUCAACCUCUGCAACAUUGACGUAACCCAGAAGUGUCUUAUUGCUGAGGUGUGGUGUCCUGUCUCAGACCUGGACUCCAUCCAGUUCGCUCUGCGCAGAGGGACGGAAAGGAGCGGCUCGACAGUGCCAUCCAUCCUCAACAGAAUGCAGACCAAGCAAACUCCACCUACCUUCAACAAGACCAACAAGUUCACAUCAGGCUUCCAGAACAUCGUUGACGCCUACGGCAUCGGGAACUACCGGGAAAUCAAUCCAGCUCCGUACACCAUCAUUACUUUCCCCUUCCUGUUUGCGGUGAUGUUUGGUGACAUGGGUCAUGGUGUGCUGAUGACCUGUGCUGCCCUCUACCUGGUCAUCCGAGAGAGUCGCCUCCUCGCCCAGAAGAGUGACAAUGAGAUGUUCAACAUGGUGUUUGCUGGUCGCUACAUCAUCCUCCUGAUGGGGAUCUUCUCCAUCUACACCGGCAUUAUUUACAAUGACUGCUUCUCCAAGUCACUCAACAUGUUCGGCUCUGGAUGGAGCGUCAGGCCCAUGUUUGGCCCCAAAGGAGCCAACUGGUCGCUUGAGACACUUGAUGGAAAUGCAGUUCUACAGUUAGAUCCAGCUGUUCCUGGUGUGUUCAACGGGCCUUAUCCACUCGGAAUUGACCCGAUCUGGAAUGUUGCCACCAACAAGCUGACCUUCCUCAACUCAUUCAAGAUGAAGAUGUCUGUGAUCCUGGGCGUCAUCCACAUGCUGUUCGGAGUGUCUCUCAGUCUCUUCAACCACCUGUACUUCAAGAAGCCGCUGAACAUCUUCCUGGGCUUCAUCCCAGAGAUUGUCUUCAUGUCGAGCCUGUUUGGCUACCUUGUUCUGCUGGUCUUCUACAAGUGGACAGCCUAUGACGCCUACACCUCCAAGGACGCACCCAGCCUGCUCAUUCACUUCAUCAACAUGUGUCUCUUCAACUACAACGACCCCACCAACAAGCCCCUCUACAGGGGACAGAUGGGGAUCCAGGUUUUGUUGGUGCUGAUUGCGCUUGCAUGUGUACCCUGUAUGCUGGUUGUGAAAACUAUGGUGCUUCGGCGUCAGCACCUGUGGAAAAAGCACCUGUCCCAGAAGAGGGAAGAAACCCCUGCAGAGAAUCUAGAGCAGUCUUUAGAGCAAACAGGCGUGUCCUCAUCAUGCACCGGACUCACCCAACAGGGCACGCAGAAGUUUGGAGGGGUGCGGGUGGGCAACGGGCCCACGGAGGACGAGGCUGGCAUCAUGGACCACGACCAGCUCUCCCAGCACUCAGAGGAGGGAGAUGAGCACUCAGAGGAAGAGGCGUUUGACUUUGGUGACGUCGCUGUCCACCAGGCAAUCCACACCAUAGAGUAUUGUCUGGGAUGCAUCUCCAACACAGCCUCCUACCUGCGCCUCUGGGCCCUCAGCCUGGCUCAUGCACAGCUGUCAGAGGUGCUCUGGUCUAUGGUGAUGCACCUCGGUCUGUCCUCCAGGAGCGGGGGUGGGUUCUUCGGCCUGUCCAUCAUCUUCUCUGCCUUUGCCACCCUCACUGUUGCCAUCCUGCUCAUCAUGGAGGGGCUGUCAGCCUUCCUGCAUGCCCUGCGUCUGCACUGGGUGGAGUUCCAGAACAAGUUCUACUCUGGCCAGGGCUUCAAGUUUGUCCCCUUCUCAUUUGAGAGCAUCCUGGAGGGACGAUUUGACGAGUGAGAGUCCCAGCAGAGUCCCCAGCCUUCCCUUCUCUCCUCUAUGUAUGUGUUUGUGUGCAUGAGCCCAGGUGCAGCCCUCUGUCCCCCUCUAGUGGUCAUUUGUGAAACGUUUGCGUAUGAGUUAUAAUGUAGUCCUUGUAAAGGGUUUUUCCAGAGCACACUAUGCCCAUACUGGAGCUUCUAGUGCUGUGGCACAGUACCAUCACUGUACUCAGCACUCAGCAUGUUCACAACCGCUGUAAUAACAUCUCCUCUUCCAACUUUCCUUCUAAGAUAUCCAUAACCAAAUACAUUUGGCCUGGUCUGUGUCCUUAUAGAUGAAUCUGGAUUGUAGGCAGAAGUAAAACUUGGAAAAUCUUCAUGUUUAGAUGACUUUCUGAGUGGCUUGCCAACAAAAGACUGACCAGGGACCACUAAAGACCAAGUGAUCUGCCUACACAGGACCACUGGUGAGCCACCAGCCCUUGCUUCUUGCUAGCUUGGUACUAUGUUUCCUGGCUGAAAUUCCACUUUUACAGUAUCAUGCAUUUCCGAUUUUUAUUACAUGCAUUUCUUCUGAUUACAAUGCAAGAAAUCAUGAAGUUUGAUGAUUUAAAUCAUAGCUAACCACUAUUCCUGCUGGGUUAAUGAGCUCCUCCACACAGCAGUUUCACUGUAGGUCGGACAGAAGCGCUACACUGCUAAUUUCUCCCCGGUACUUUGUGACUGGAUAAGUUCCACAUUCACACAGAAUACCUUCAUAUGUCAGAGGGGGCGACUGCUUACCUUGAUAUACCCAAACAUCUGUCCUGUCAGUGUAAACGUGUUCAAUUCCACUCUCCCAUCACAGUAAUGGCAGUGGCGCUUGAGAGACAACACCCCUACAUCUUUGCAUUUUGGUGUCAUUUCCUGUAGUGAGUCUACAUUAAAGUUGCCUCUCCUAAUAAACUGCACUACAGUUUUGUUGGAGGAGGAUUUGGAACAAGAUUUUCUCAGUGUGGUUAGGUGGUGUCUGGAACUGAACCAGAAUCCAGAGUUGACAUAAAUACCACUGCAAACCUGUGUAAAAUACCCUCACUUACGGAUAUGUACAGCAUGGAGCACUUAGGCAAUGGAAAAACCUUUAAAGAUUCAUCCUGCUAAUGAAAAAGACUGUAAGACCAGCUGUUUUACUCCAGUAUAAUCAGAAAAUCUACACAAACAUUGCAGAAAUCCCAGUGUUCACGCUGAGCUUGUAGUUUUACUUUAAGAACUGACAAAUCAUCAGACAGUGCAAGGGAAUAACAAUAUUGAGACACAAGACAGAAGAAUUGUACUAUGAUACAUUUGUAUACAGUAAGAAUUAAUUUCAUAGCUAAACACUGUAUUAAAGGCCCAGUCAUGUUAAAUGCUAAGAUCUCCGAAUGUGGUGACAUCGCUAAAAAGGAUUCUGAAACACGAGCAGUCAGAUGAAUGUGAAACGCAUUUGGAAGAGAAAAUGGCGAACUGUAAAAUUAUUAAAGUAUACAGACCAACUUCCUGCUUCAACUAUGACUUAGUGUGUUCCCAGAUCUCAGCAAUUAUUAAAAUUAAGACCCAAGCUGGAAUUAUCCUUUUAUGUGCUGUCCAUACAGCAUGGCUUAUCUUCUGCCACAGCUACCACUUACUAUGGGUUGUAGAGUGUAGUUUUUGCCAUGAAAUGAUAUGAUGUGGAAUUGUAAGGCCAUGAUUCAACAUUUGGCAUUGCAAUAUGAUUAAAAAGCAAUAUGAUUCCUCCCAGUAUUUGAUCAGUACACCCAGAAAUCACAUUGUUCAUUUCCAUUUAAUUUCACUAUAAACUCCACCAGUUUAUAGAAUCAUUGUAUGGAUCAAAUGGAUGUAUUGAUUUGUUAUUAUCUGACCAUGACCCAGUGUUAUAUUGAGAGGAGAACACAGUUGUCCAUGAUGAGAUGACGACAUGGUGUCCUCUGUGCUGUGAUCUGUAACUUCCCUGUGCUCAGUCUGUGUGAAUUCUUGUUGUACCCCAGCUGAAGAACUGUACUGAUACAUUUACUCUAAAGUAUCUAAAUGUUAAUUGUGUGGAAUCACCUCCAGUUGUUUCAAUGUGGGAAAUAAUAUCACUCAUGAAAGAAUUGUGACACAACUUUGUCCUUCCUUUGUUUUUGAAAAAUGUACACUACUUUUUCAACAUAUCUUAACUUUAAUUUUGAAAUUACAGUGUGCAACAUUUUAAACAAAUUACUCAAUCUGGUCACCAUACCCAUUAAGGGUUAAAUAAGGUGAAGAUUUAAAGUAUGCUGUGCUGCAUUGAAACAUCUAUUCUGUUUAAACUGAGGCACAGUUUAUAUUCAUAACAACAAUCAUGGUAGUCUGAUAAUGAUAAUGAAGUCAUUGAUAUUGUAUUUGAUUUUCAUUAUUUAGAUUCUUUUUUUGUUUGUUUUGCUUCAGAAAACAUGUUUGUGAAGUCUACAUGAGAUUUUCAGUUGUAUCAUUCUGAUGCCAAAAGGCUGCAGACAAAAAGAGCCUCUAAACAACACAUGUAAGUGAUGUUGGUCAGUGACUGGUGAUAUGGAAGGUAAUGUGUUUGUGAUCAAUAAUAAAUAGAAACCAGGGCAUUCA